CCACCGUUGGGAGAAAACUGGAGGGCUCGCACGUCUCUGAUGAGACACCUUGCAGUGCGCGUGAGAUUAUCGUGCGAAGAUAAAAGAAAUGCUGUUGGACACCAGCAGCGGGCUCACGAGUCAGGCGGUGGUUGUAAUCUGAAACCAGUUCGAGAAGGGGACAAAUAACGAGCCAUGAAAAAACACCUGAGCCCCACGAAGCAGCAGCAUGACCACCACCAGCCGCCGCCCCCACCGACAGACAUCCCGGCUGCUGGCGGCGAGUUGACCGUAAACGAGCUCAACGAGCUCCUCUCCGACGGCAGCGGCUUCUACAACCUCCCCACCCAGCACUUCAAUGAAGUCUUCCCCAGGAUUUACAUAGGAAACGCGUUUGUGGCCCACAACCCCAUGCGACUGCAGAAACUUGGUGUGACACACGUCCUCAACGUGGCAGAGGGCACCUCCUUCAUGCACGUCAACACCAGUCCAGAGAUGUACGCCGGCACUGGGAUUACGUACCACGGCAUUCCAGCCAACGACACAAAGGGCUUCAACCUCAGUGCCUUCUUUGAGGAGGGGGCUGAUUUUAUAGACAGAGGACUAGCACACCAUAAUGGCAAAGGGAAGGUGUAUGUACACUGCAGAGAAGGCUACAGCCGCUCCCCGACCAUGGUUGUUGCUUACCUUAUGAUGCGCCACAAAAUGGACGCCCGGACGGCUCUCGCCACAGUGAGACAGAAGAGAGAGAUCGGCCCUAACGAUGGCUUCCUUCUCCAGCUGUGCCAACUUAACGAGAAGCUGGUGAAGGAGGGUAAGCUGAACGGAGAGGUGGGCAAAACGAAGACCAAAUGAAAACAGGAGAGAUGUCUGUAGGACCGGUCUCUUCCUGCCAGGCAGAUCGCACCCGAACCAAACCAGCACCCGUCUAACAUAUCAGGGGUACAAACAUGCAUUUAUCUGUGUAAAUACCUAUCCUUCAUAUGUGCACAAACAGUUUCAUUUCCCAUUCUCCUUUUUAUUAGUCCACACUUCACCUCCGGGCAGAUUUUCCUGCAAAUCUUUGCUCUAAAUUUAUAUAGUUACAAGCUUACCUUCCUGAGGCAUUUCUUUAAUUCCCACAAGUUAAUAAGACAAACACUUUGCCCUGAUUUGUAAAACACCCUUAAAAAUUUGUAUUUAACAGAUUAUAGCACAAUCAUUCCAUAGUUUUCCACUGCCGGAAUGUCAGUGAUGUCUCUGUGAACAGAAGUAAAUUUCAAAUGGAAAAAUAAAAUUCCUUAUUAAUAAAAAUGUGUGACCAUGGACGAAGAGUGCAGGAAGGAUAAUCCCAAACAUUCCAUAGAAACUAUAACAGAAGAAAAGACGCCCAGAUUUAAUCCUUACAAUUUUUAAGUCUUUAUCUUCCUUCUGCUGCUUUGUGGCAGAUGUUUCAUGCACAAAAAAAGCAAAACAAUGAAAUACACUUUCUCACUCUCAAAUGCAUCCAAACUCUGGCUGUAGCGUUUCAGUUUUGGCCUCUAGCUUGACAACAUUGGCAGUGAAAGUGUUUAUCUACCGAGAACCAGGAAGAGUUGAGAUAAUGAAAAAUAAUGAGCUGUGUAAGUUACUCAUGUUACAGCUGUGUUUCUGAAUAAAACAGAUAUUCCUUUUAGUUGGAUUGUGAGGUCUCCAUGGUAAAAAGGUUGAAAAGGAAUAUCUAUUUCAAUUACAUUUUAAUCAAUUUUAAUUUUAUUAACUUCCAUGUGACAAAGUCAAUACUCUCGCGCUGAAAAAUAUUCUCAGAUAUACAACUUGACAUCUACUUUUUAUGUGGCUAGCCUUUUGAUUGCAAAGGCAGAUGAAGUAAUCUCCAAACUCUCUGCAGCACUAUAAGCCAGUUCAAGGUUUACAUUUUUAGUUUUGUAUAAAAUCCCUGUAAUAAAUCAGAAAUCUCAGUAGAACGAUCUGUCUUCACUGGAGGGAAGUUUUCUCCGCUACAAAUUCUUGUUACUGCUGUAACCAAAGCUAAUUUAAAUUAAAAGCAUAGUUUAUUGAAAGGAAACACUUAUAUAAUUUUUCCUUUGGCUUCUUAUGAUGUUGCACGUUCAAGUUUUAGAGUUUUGCUCCCUCCUUUAAGUAAACUGCACCUGGAUGAAACUGCCGAGGUCUAAACCUUGAUUAAUUUGCUCGUCAGUCAUUCUGUUAUAAUUUUGCUACUGCUUAGGUUUAUUGUCCAGUUGAGGACCCCGUUUGAACCAAGGUUUGCCAUCCUAAGUUGCGUUGCUGUUUACGUCUUUGUGAGUGGAGGCAAAAAAAGACAAUAUUUUCUCAUCAAAAAUUAAAUUACUUCUCCAGUAUUUUGCACAUUGCUUCAAUGUUUUAACAAUGUUCAAUCUGUCUACUAUAUUAAAACUCCUGAUUUAAUGUAUGUUAAAUUAAGGUUUGCCAAUAAAAGAGAAGAUUAUAAGCUUUAUUUUUCACAGUGCGAGGCCCAAUAUGCUGUCAUAAGGGAGGUUCAAAAAGCCAAUCUGAAUCUAAAGGCCUUUCAGUGUCAAACGUAUCAGCUGGGAAGGAUGCCAUUGGCCUUCAAUCAAGAGAGUUUCUGUCAUUACAACAGAGAGUAAAUCCACUGCCAGUUCCCUGACACAGCCCUUCAACCAGUAUCAUAUGGCCCUUUUUCAUCAACACCGUUUAUCACAACACACCCACACCCCUAAAUGUGUGCCAGACAGAAACCCACGCACACACAAACAUACACUUCCUUUGUUUGUAUGCACUAAAGCAUUGCAAUAUAUGUCAAUACCCUAUCAGAUAUAUAGAAUGUAAUCAUAUUUAGAAUGACUAAUCCAGCAGUACUCGUUAUGUAACAACCUCAGUUCUACAAUUCUUUGCUAACGACAUUGCAUUUACAGCAUUAGUAGACAGAAGUGUAAAUUAUUUUGUCCGGGAAAGGAUGAUAUAUACAGUAGAUUACAGUGAAAUAUGUAGAGAAAAUCUCGCUUCAGUAUGAAAGUCUGUGUCCAAUAAUCCAGAUUAUAUAAAACUCUGGAGGGACAAAUAUUAAAAUGACUUUUUCACCUCCUUAAUGCCACUAUUAAUUUCUCUGUCAAUAUAUCUGUAUACAUCUGAAUAUAUAUAUAUGUAUAUGUAUACUGUAUAUACAUAUUUAAGUGUUGACAUAUAUGAAUGUACAAGCAAUGUGUCUAUAACUUGUAGUAUUGUCAUUAUGUUCUUUAAUAUCAUGUUAUAUUUGUAUAUGGGUCCUUCCGCCAUUGUCACUGUUUUAACAACAAAACUACAUGUUCAUUACUAUACAGAUAUGCAUGUCAAGUGCUGUAUAAUUGUGAUAUUCUAACCACUUUAUUUUAAAUAGGGCACUUUUCAUUUUGUUUUGAGAUGCAAUCAGUUGGCCAAAGAUUAUGGGGGGGGCAAUUUGUUAAAUUUUCUGUUUACAGUUUGAAUAUGUUGUACUCUAAUAUUUAGAGUUUGUAAUACUUAGAAGAAAAAAUGAUUUCAAACAGUAAAAUUUAUAAAAACGCUGGAACAAUUAGGAACAUGCUUUAUCACAUAAAUAGAAGUAUUAUUGUUGUUUUAUUAAAGCACCUGAAACAUAUUUUUCCUUUUCUCUGUGUUCUCGUACUUAGAUUGGGAAAAAUCAUAUUAGACAUUGGCCAAGACAAGCUUGAAUGGUGCAUCUCGGAUAUUUAUUUCUAGUUUGUCACCAUGGAGUUUCUUCAUGAAUUACAACCACAUGCAUACUAAUUAUCAGCUGGUGUACCACCACACACAAGGAUGCACUAAUGGCAAUCACCCAUUUAAAUGGCAGUUUUUAUACAUAAGCAAAACAAAGUAUUUCUUUGUGCCAUUUCACCACAUUUUCUCUCACAGGUUGUGCUUAUUACAAGUAAGAAGAAAUAAAAAAAACACAACUUGAAGGUUAUUCACUGUAGAAACUAUCCACUCCAGAUAAACUCCCUUCAAAAAGUAGAAACUGUAAUGUUACUAGAUUAUUUGACACAGAACAGCUUUUUCAAUUAUCAAUCUUAAAUUCAACAAAGUCUUAAGUUGCAUUAUACAAAAAAAAUUUGAUUAUGGGACCUUUUUGCAUAAGAUGACCUUUACUUUAAAAGCAAACAGCAUCUGUUCAGUCCUGCUGAUAUUCUCACAUAACUGCCGCCCUCUAGUGACACGGAAACAGAUGGUGUAGCCGCCUGUUUUCUGUAUGAAUGACUUUUAUUUCACUUUGCAAACAGUGGCUGCAUAGGACAUAACAAUCUAACUAUUUAGAAACUUGGCCACUAGAUGAUUCAUGCUCUUGUUGUGUAUUCUGUCUUUAUCUAUCCUGUUUAUAUGAAAAUUAAAAAAUGAGACCAUAUCAUCAUCAUCAUCAGCUUUAUUAAAGACCCAAAUGGGUCUAUAGAAAGAUAAUUUAAGAAAAUUUAAAAAAACAAAGAAUCACAUAAAAAGAUAAUAAUCACAUAUACAAAUCACUGAUUUACAGAAAGGCUAGACCACCAGUGAUUCCACAUUCUGGACUUAAACCUGACUGAGCUUUGUGAAAUAUCUUAGUAUCUGGAUGAUGUUGUUUGUUGAAACACUUAACCGCUACAUAAAUCUGUACAAAAGGUUUUGUAAGACAGCAUGAAAAGUGGAGACACCAACACCAACAAAUAACUGACAAGCACUAAUCCAUCUCGGCAUCCUAAGCAGCAUUCUCAUUCCAUCAUUGUAUGCCACUUUGAGUUUCUGUAAACUGCUUUGUUUAUGCUGUCUCCAUAUGUGAGCACUACACACAGGAGUGCAGUAUGGUUUAAAGAGAGCUACUUUCACUGAGACAGAACACAUCUCGAACUUGCGUACCAGCAUUUUGGCUUGCACAUUAAGCGACGUUUAUAUAUAAAUAUAUUUGUCCAAUUUUAUUAAUUGAAUAAAUAUAUUUGAAAAUUUGAUCUCUAAAUCUUCUCUGUGCUAAAACCUUUAGGUAUGAGAUGUAUUCAUGUUCGUUGCUUGUAGCUGUCAAAUGUCUGAAAUGAAAUGUAAUUACACAAUUACGCCAUCUUCUUAUGAACCCUUCCUUAACUCAAGUGCAAAAACUACUUUUGUAGAGCUUGUAUUUAGAGUAUUUUGCAAAAGCAUUUUUACAGAUUUGUUCUCUUUCCUUUCACUUUAAAGUAGUGUACUGUUUUGUGUGGGUAUCACAUAAAAUACCAAUAAAAUACACUGAGGUUUGGCUCUGUAACAUGACAAAAUGUCAUGUGAACAAGAGGUACGAAUACUUUGCUUUGCCCCCCCUUAAUGCGCAAUUAUACAGAACGGUCAUUUUAUAAGCCUCAUAUGUCAUAAAAAAACAAUAUUUAGACUUCCAAACAUUCACUGACAUGUCCAGACCUUCUGUGAACUCUGACUCAUUAUUGGCCAUGAGGAAAAGCCAGAUAAGGUAAUAUUCUCACAGGGAGUUAAACAUGAGUUCAGACUUUGUUGAAUGAGAACAAGUGCAGUUUUACUGUUUUUCCAUCCUGGUAUAUGUACAAGGUAUUCCACUCAACUCUGACCUGUUUCAUAUUUAGCUGUGUGAAAAUGUCAAAGUUGAUCUUUAAAGCUGCUCAUUAGAUUUUUUUUCCCCCCUCACAUAUGCUUCCUUCUGUUGUUAAAUAGCCAGGAGUCGAAUUUUAAAGUCAAAUUUCUCACUGCAUGGUUUAUUUUCCAUGACUUGGUCAUAAAUUUCACACCAGGCAUUGACAGUGGAGCCUACAUAAUAAUCCAAAAUGCAGAGCACCCACUCUACUACACAAACAUCUUUUAAAGAAACUCACUGCCUUCAUACGGUUUCUAGUUUUAUUCCUAAGUAUUUGGGAGUACUAUACACAAAGUGAAAGACAUUUCACUGAUUGCAACUCUUUAAACAAUUCUAAUCAACUGCUUGCCUCCCCAAAGGCCAGUCUCCUGAAGCUUUUGCAUGUCUCCCUGGCCUGCACACCUGAAUCAAACUAAUUCAUUGCCAAGUCAGUAUUCAGUAUAAUGCUACAAAGUCCUGCUAAGAACCUAAAUAUUCUAUUCAGGCGUGUUGAAGCAGAGAUACAUCUAAAAGCUGCAGGAAACUGCCCCCUUGAGGACUGGAGUUUGACACCUGCACACCUUUUCUGACAUCAGUAAAAUGAAAAAGCUUCUCUGUGACUAGACAUGGGCUGGUAUUAGGAUUUGGAGAGAUGCUGUCACUUCAAUCAAAUGUUGAAGGUGCUGGGAGAACUACACAAACUACAACUAAAUUGAUUGCUAAACUGAAUUGCUUUUUUCCUAAAUAUGACUUGCAAGAAGUGUUUGUAGCCUAUCAAAAUGAUGUUAGCUUUUUAUUAUUAUCUGUCACACCAGGAAGCUUGUACGAAGUGGGUUGUUUAUUUCACCAGUAGAAAUCACCUGUCAGAUCUCGUUUGGUUUAAAUGGUGCUGUUAAAAAGUGAUAAGUGGCACUCCAAUCUAUGUCUGCCAUUUUUUUUUUUACCUUAGAAAUUUCCUAUCUUAUAGAAAACUCUGGCUUGUUUGUUUGGAAGUAUGGAGAACCUUUCAGGGAAUUCUCCACCUUCAGCCAUCCAACACAGCUUACUAGUUGCUCGAAGUAACAAGUGUGGGGAGGCAGACCUGACCCAAAUAACUUUGUUUCUACAAGAUAUAUUUUCACACUGCUUGCUCUAUUGUAUUUGUUUUGCAAGGUGUCUCUAGGCUUUGUUGGGAAAGAAGGUUUUGGAAAAUUCCCAGUGUACACAUCUGACUGACUCCUUUCAGCAGCAAGCAGGAGGAAGUUGUACACUAUUGUCUGACAUUCUACUGCUGUCGGUAAACUCUUAAACUGUAAUAGCAGUGAAAUGUUAUUAAUAUGUAAAAUCAAAACUGGAAGCCAGCCCAUGUCUGGAAACUUGACAAAAUCUUAAAAAAAACAACACAUCUUCAUUGCUGGUUCUUAAUGCAUUGAAAAAUAGAGAAACACUGCCGUCUGCUGUUCAGCCCGUAUAUUUGUUUGCACAUCUUAUAGUCGUUUCUGAUCAUGUUUUGACAUAUGUUUGCUUUUUUUUCCCCCCUCAUUCAACAUAUUCCAUACAUUUGUUUACACAAUACCAGCGCUAUUUUGUGGAUCACACAAUGUAUUAUAAAGAAUGUGAAUUGCCAUUUUUAGAUAUUAUAUAUGCUGAGUAUACACAAGGCAAUUGUGAAUUGCUGCAUUUUAUCCUCCUUACAGGCCUGUUACAGUGUAAAGAUUGGACAGUGUUUGAAUGUAAUAAGUAAAAACUGAUGUUUUUUUUUUUAAAGUUUGUGAAGUUAUUGACAUUUGGUUGUAAGUUCUUUGGUGGUUUAUCUCAUUUGUACUGCUUUUUUGUUGCUUUUUUUUGUACAAACUAUUAUUGUGACGUACUUCUUCAACCAUUCUGUUAAAUAUCCUUCGUCAUUAUCUGUGUUGCUUUUGGAAGAGUCACCUACAUGAAUAGUGGUAGUCAGAGCUGGGCCAGACUGUAAUUGUAACUUAUUUGCUUUGCAGAAGAGGCUUGUUAAAUCAAUCAAGAGUACCUGGUAGUUGUGUUUAUUAUCACAGAAAAGUAGGUAAAUCGACUUAUAAGUAAUUUCCUGCGAUUUUCUCUUAAUUUAGCAAUCCCAUGCGGUGUAAGUCAGCCAUCUGCUGGCCAUAAAAAGCUGAGAUGAUAGUCAAUUGAUAUCUCACAGCAUGGAAAGUCGUUUGGUUUGACUCCUCUAAAUUGUCCAAGAUGUAGUAAUCUCUACCCUCUGGUGCUCUUGAGGACUUUCAAACAUAUGCUGGAAAUUACCUACAAAUACUGCUUGGCCCAGGUGACACUCCAUCUGUCGUCAUUUUCUCGCCUUCAUUCUGAUAAGUGGCUUAAAGCAGGCGUUUUAGCACAAAUGAGCCCACUGCCUGACUCCUCUGGAGUCUAUUAUGCGGUCCACUUCUUGUCUCGUUAGAUUUCUGUUCAUGUGGAGAUUCUGCAAAAGGUCUUUGUUGUGAUGUUGGAUUGUCUGUAAAUGGGUCUUUGUCAUUGCUGACGUCUCAACAGAAGCAUCACCACCCAAAGCCUUACAGUAAUUACUUUUUCGGGAUACGUUUUUCAGUUUGUGUAUUUCACUUCAAGCAGCUAGAAGGGGCGAACCCUUAAAAAGUUGGAUGAUGUUGAAGUGCACUUGAUUUUAAAUUGCUGUGUUAUUUUUCUUACCUUGGAGCAGUUCAUUCUUUCUUAUGUUUAAAAACAAAUAAAUGAAUGAGGUAUUACCAUCUUA